AUGUUGGCUGAUGUGAGUGAUUCUAACAGGCGCCGGUUGUCAUCCCCUCAUGUGGAGAAUGGCAUUCCACUCAACGGGACCCUUUUGGAGGAGGCGCGGACUGGAGACACCGAUGUUAGAAACAUUUCAAAUGAGAAAACGAAUCCUGGCAUGUGGGGAAAAGCAAAUGGGGCUUUGAAACGACGAAAACCAGCAGCAAAACUGGCGCAAACUCGGGUUACGGUUGGCAUGCAUCUGAAGCGGUGGAUCAUCACGGGCCGGUUAGGUGCUGGAUCCUUUGGUGAGACCUUUACGGCUGUAGAAGAAACAAAAGAUUGCGGAGAUGGCGAUGAAGAGGAUGAAACGACCGACAAUUUGGCAGUUUCACAUAAAAUUAGGACCUCCUCGAGUCCGGUGGAGGUGUGCAUCAAGGUGGAAAAAGAAAAUAAAAAUGUUCUUCGCAUUGAAGCGGCAGCGUUGAAAAAGAUGCAGUCCUGUCCUCAGGUAGCACGGUACUUGGGGAGUGGAAAUACAGGAGGUAUAAAUUUUUUAGUGAUGGAGCGACUGGGACCCAAUCUGGCGGAGCUGCGCCGUAGCACUCCCAUUGGCACAUUUAGUCAUUACACAACUCUUAGGUUGGGUAUAUCAUGUCUCCGGGCAAUACGCGGGGUCCAUCAAUUGGGGCUUGUUCACCGUGAUAUAAAGCCAUCAAACUUUGUCAUUGGUUUGGGUGUAACUUCAGAUCCGCAGACUUGUUAUCUUAUAGACUUUGGACUGGCGCGUCGAUACUGUCGUCUCAACGGGGAGGUACGUCCACCGCGCGAAAACGCUGGUUUCCGCGGAACAAGCCGUUACGCCUCAUUGGCCUCACAUCGUCAGCAAGAGCUUGGCCGUGUAGAUGAUAUAUGGAGUCUGUUGUUUAUGCUUAUUGAAUUUGCCACGGGGACGUUGCCGUGGCGAAAAUACAAGGAGAAGGAAGAAAUUGGUCGGUGCAAGGAAGAAGUGAUUGGUCCUGGGAUUGUUCAAAAUUUACCCCGUGAAUUUCGUCCAUUUUUAGCGCAUCUACAGACUUUACAUUAUGAAGAUGAGCCAAAUUAUGAUUUUCUGCUUUCGCUCCUGGAAAGAGCGAUUGAACGUCGUGGCUACCCACCGGACAAACCGCUUGAUUGGGAGCAUGAGAACGGCACAGUCUACCGUGUGGAUUUUCGUGAAGAAGAAAAUGUUUUAAAAAGUCCCAUCAGACAGACUAGCACUGUGGCCGCUAACAUUGCGGUUGCGAGAGAAAAUCCUCUUCCCCGGCCGGUUCCCGUUGAAUAUGCUUUUCGAAAGCCUCUGGAUGUAUCGAUUGUUCCUGCUCCCGAAGCGGUGAACAUAAAUAUAAAUCGUCCCACUUUGGCGGCACGUUUGAUGCCACCGUCGCCGCAAUCAGAGGAGGAGGCAGUGGAACAGGGUCUUGUGGGAGUAAGUGACGUGAGCUUAUCCCCUGGAAUUUCUAGAAGAGACCAUCUGGACAAUGGUAACCACACACCGGUGUGUGCGGGAACAUUACCGUGGAAUUAUUCCCGUGUCACUCCUAACCCUGGAGGUGUUACCUUUGUCUCUGCAAAUAAGCAGGGAGUUGGUAUGGAAAAUAAACGAGAAGACCACGGUAGGGACGAGCAGAUGCUCGCAGAGAAUAUGGAGUUAAUAGACUCCGGAGGGAGGUUCUCGCCACGCGAGGGGGCGUCUCCGAUGAUAAAUGACAAUCAGGCGGAUAAAGGUGCCCAUCUGGGGUCGUUGCCUCUGGAGGAAAUGGCAGCAGCACAGUACCCAACACCAGAGUUAAUGUCGCCCCAAAAUCAACGACAACAAAAACAACAGCAGAACUUGCAUAGAGGGACACGCAAAAAGGUUUCCUUUGCCAAGGAUGUGGAUCUAGCUGGCAAUGGGGGAGUCUCUCCUUACCGCGAAGAGAAAAAAGCAGAAAAGGCGAAAAGGGGUAUAAAUUGUGAAUGCAGUGCUAUGUAA